CAUUACAAUUGUAGUCGGAGUUGUUACGUGACAGUCUAUAGUUCUAGUUAUUUUCAUAGAAAUUUUAGAUGAACAACAAUGGACCUCUUCCCAAUUUCUGUGCUCCUGGUAGCGUGUUUCACAGCAAUAAACACACAAACAUACGAAAAGAGAUACGACUCAGUUAAUAUCGACGAUGUGCUCUCCAAUAAGAGACUUCUAGCGGCAUACGUGAAAUGUGUCCUAGAUCAGGGUAGAUGCACACCGGAGGGAAAAGAAUUGAAAUCUCAUAUUGCCGACGCUCUCCAAAGCGGUUGCGACAAAUGCACUGAAACACAGAAGGAUGGCGUACGCAAAGUAAUAAAACACCUGAUAAAAAACGAACGUGAUUAUUGGAAACAGCUGGUGGAGAAAUUCGACCCGGAGGGAGUGUACGCUGAGAAAUAUGAAGACGAAAUAAGAGACGUCUAAUGGCGAACGGUUUAAAGACACAAGCGAUAUGAGGACAUCGUUACUUUUAAAAGAAAAUUUUAAAAAAGGUUUCGCUCGUCUGUAAUUUUUCUAAGAUAUUUAAUCUCUAUAUUAUCUUGUAACUCUUCUUUGACUCUUUUUAGAGAGGAGACUUUACCUCUAAAAAUGCCUUCCAUUGCAUAAAAUGUAAUUUUCUUCAUUGCGCUAAUAUAUUUAUACUUUCAAUUUCUUAUUAAAGCUUUAUCCUUCAAUUUCUUACGAACCGUUUACAAAAAAAUGCGUCCAUAUUUGUCAUUAGCUUUCCUGAAUUAAAUUGAACUCUUUAGUCAAGUAGUGCUUCUGGAUUUUAGAAAAAUAAUUUUAUAAUUCUAUGUAAAUAUUUUUUGUGAUAAGUAUUAUUAUUAUUUGAAUAUAUUUUAUUUUUAUACCGACAGUUGUAUACGACCUAUUUAUUUGUUGCAAGUCAUUAAAAUUAGUGCGCUGAUUGAUCAGACGUACAUUUCGAGCAAUGGUGACUUGGAGAUAGGAAAAAUUAUAUAAUUUUUUGAAGCAGCA